AUUGACUCCUCCUCCUCUUCCUCCUCCACGAGGCUUGUAUGCUCGCUCGCUCUCGCCCACUCCUACGAAUCGCUACCUCUUCUUCACAUAGACAGGCGGUCCUUCUGCCGCAACUUCCAACGCACUUUACUCCGCCGACCGCCCAGCCAUCACCAGCAUAUAGCCAGCUCAGCCAACGCACAGCUCUCCGUCUUGUCCACUCGCACCACCGUACCAGCUACGCGAUGGCGCAUCUCCCGCCCUCACCCACCAUCGCCCUCACUCCCUCCGAGUCAACGCUCGUCUCCCUCCUCUCCUCGUGCUGCGCAUGGAUCAACUCCACACACCCACAGCCCUCCCCCGAUGAAGGAGGCUCUCACGUUGACUACGCGCGGUCCGGCCCCCUCGAGGCACGCAUAGCCGGCGGUUGGGUGCGCGAUAAGCUCCUCGGCCUACCAAGCAACGAUCUCGACAUCAGUCUCUCCCUAAUGACCGGCCUCAACUUCGCCAUCCUCUUCAAGCAGUACCUCAGCACCGUCGCCCCUUCUACGCCCGGCUCCUCCUCCCACGACAACAUGGCGACGCAAGCGGCCGAAGCGCUCAGCCGCAUCACAAAGAUUGCCGCCAACCCCGAGCAGUCCAAGAAUCUCGAGACGGCCACUGCUACCUUCAAUGGCUUGCAAUUGGACUUUGUCAACUUGCGCAAAGAGGUGUAUCACGGUGAUUCGCGCAUACCGGUCAUGGAAUUUGGCGAUCCGAGGGAAGAUGCUGAGCGUCGCGAUAUCACGAUCAACUCCCUCUUCUUCAAUGUCCAUACGAGGGAGGUAGAGGAUUGUACAGGAAUGGGACUGGAGGAUAUGCGUGCAGGGCUGGUACGCACACCGCUCAGCCCGUUGACGACGUUCCUCGAUGACCCUUUGCGCAUACUGCGCUGCGUGAGAUUUGCUUCGCGAUUCAACUAUAGGCUCGAUGCGGGAAUCGUAGCCUGUUUAAAGGGCGAAGGCAACGUGGAGCGAGGGGAUGAUCCGCGAUUGAGGGAGAUGGAGGCCGGAGAGGUGCCACGAAGAGGCAGGGAGUUGGUUAGGGAGGCCCUUGUGAGCAAGGUGUCCCGCGAGAGGGUCGGUAUCGAGGUGGACAAGAUGAUGAAGGGCCCCUUUCCCCUCCUCGCGCACUACCACCUAAUGGACCUCGACCUCCAUUCCCUCGUCUUCUCCCCCUACUCCCUCAUCGUAAACGGCAAGACCCUCCCGCACCGAGCGGCUCCCAACGAUUUGAACUCCAGCUCCGCAGCCAAGCUAGCUCUCACGCUCUCGCAUCUCCUCGACUGUCUCUCCCCCUCUCCCAUCACACGCAACUCCACACUCUCGAUCCCAACCUCCUUCCUCCCGCACUACGACCCCGCCCUCCUCGCCAGCGUCCCCGCCGAGCUCAAGGCCCCACUCGCAGACGCAGAGCAACGUCGUCGCCUCGAAUACUGCUGUGCGCUGCUCGGCAGCGCUCAGGGCGAAGUAGAAGAAAAGAAGAACAAAUACAUCCCGGCAUCAGAAGCCGUCCUCCUCUACGGCCUCAAGCUGGGCCGAGCCACAAGCGCUCAGCCUGUCAGCUCCCUCGUGACGGCAGCUACCUCUCUUCUCCCCGGUCCGCAGGACGGAGUGGAUCACAUCGAGCAAAAAGCUCUCGAGUCGAUCCCCAACCUCCCCACUCUACUGGAGGGUCAGCUCACCACGCAACCCCUCGUCACGCUCUUCCUCCGCGACAAGAACCUCAACAACCCAGCGCUCAACAUGCACCCAAGCACGGCGCUCACGGCCGCCUUCCUCUACGCGGCAGGAACUUCGAUUCUCCCCGCCUCAAGCUGGUCCACAGCCUACGCGCCACUUCUUGAGCUCGUGGCACAACACGACCUCUAUGCUCGCCUGGACGAGAAGCCCCUACUGGACGGGAAUGCCGUCCUCGCCCUGUUGGAGCUCAAGCCGGGCCCCAUGACCACGCGACUGUUGAACGCCGUCCUCGUCUGGCAGUUUGCCCGUUCGCGAGAGGAGGCGAGUGGGGAGGAGGCCAAGCGCGAGGUUGGGGGGUGGUUGAAGGGAUUGUGGGAGCAAGGGUGGAUCGUUCCGUUCGAGGAGAGGGGCAAGGGGGGUGAUGCCAAGGGGAAGAAGAAGGUCAAGACGGAUAAAAAGUAGGAGAGGGGAUGGAGUGUGG